CCUCUGCUAAGGUUGCCAUAACCUGCUCAAUCCACUUCUCAAUUCACUUUAGACAUCAGGAGAAUACUUUACGUUUUCAGUUUCCUAGCUAGUAAAGAAGAAUGGCAGAGAAAGAGCAUCAAGUGCAUCCCCUAGCACCAGCUAUAAAGCACCCGAGAAGUGACGAAGAAUCAGCCUCCAGUUUGCAAUCCAAAGAGCUGAAAAGAAAAAAGAGAAUCAAAUAUGCUGUGUAUAUUGCUGCUUUUGCUGUGUUCCAAACUGCUGUCAUCCUCAUUUUUGCACUGACUGUUAUGCGCGUUAAGAACCCAAAGGUUAGAAUUGGAAGAGUCACCAUUGAAACAAUGGAAACCAAUAACACCGGAGCUGCUGCUUCAUUUGACCUCAAGUUCAUUGCCCAAGUUACGGUAAAAAACACCAAUUUUGGUCAUUACAAAUUUGAUAACAGUACUAUGACAUUCCUGUAUGAUGGUGUAAUAGUAGGGGAGGCUAUUAUUCCUAAGGCCAGGGCCAGAGCUCGUUCGACCAAAAAAUUGGACGUCACAGUGGAAGUGAACUCCCGGGCAUUGACAACCACUACAGGGCUAGACUCUGUAUUGAGUUCCAAUAUAUUGACAUUGAACAGCCAGGCCAAGUUGAGAGGACAAGUGGAAUUGAUGAAAGUGAUGAAGAAAAAGAAAUCCCCAGAGAUGAAUUGUACCCUCACAUUCAAUGUGUCAACAAGGAAUCUCCAAGAUCUAAACUGCAAUUGACAACAAUAAUUAUGCUUAAUUUGUUCUGGUUUUUUUUAAUACUUACUGUAUUAUGUGAGAAAUUAUACACUGUAAGAUAUAAUUUAUUUUUGUGUGUAUACGUAUAUCUUCUUAUAGAGGAUGUUAUUUUACUUCAUUUUUGUAUUUUAUGCUUAUUGGUUUCGGUUCCUGCUUCCUAACAUUUAUGAUUUUUUUUUUGGGUUGGGUCACUUGGUUGAAUAUGCAGGAUCUGGUGCUAGAACUCCAAAGGAAGUCCAGGGCAUAUCAUCAGGGCCCAAUCUCUAGUUCAUAUAUAAGGCCUAUAUUAACUUGGAAUUAGAUUACUUAUAAAGUAUAAAAAAUAUUAAGAGAUACGUGAAAAAAAUAAAUUAAAAAUCAUUAUUUUU